UGUCGUCAGUACCAGUAAUGAGUCACGGCAGCACGGCCCCUGAGUCAGAGCUGGCUGGGGUUAAUCAGUAACAGGGACAGGAGCUCAAGUUAAAACGGAGGAGCAGGAGAGUCGGGGCCCCAUUCAGAAGCAGGAGCAGCAGCGGCAACUGACGAACAAAGAAUUAAUUUCCAGCUUGAGCUCCUUGACGCUACAAUGCAAACCUUGGCCCUGCUGAUGCUCCUCUGCUGCCUCCUGGCCGGAGGACAAGCCAACCGUGUAUAUGUGCACCCCUUCCACCUGUUCGCAGCCGAAAAUGUCAGCUGUGAGCCUCUGCACACGCAAACGGACCCGAACUUGAAACACAUUCCUGUGGCACCGUUGGAUAUCGCGGUCCUCGCCCCGGACACCAGAGACGCGCUGACACAGAACGGACAGAACAUUACAGAGAGAACAGCAGUUUUGUCGGAGCUCUUGAACUCUCUGGGCCUGAGGAUGUACCAGGGUCUCAGCAGCAAGCAGAGGAGCGUCAACACCGUCAUCUCCCCCGUCAACACCUACGGGACUUUGGUCACCUUCAACCUGGGGGCGUCCAAGGUGACAGCCAGGCUGUUCCAGCGUCUUCUGGGUCUGGGUAGCGACACAGACCGUGAGGACUGCGUGUCCUUGGUGGACGGACACAAGGUUCUGAAGACUCUCCAGGGCAUCAACUCACUUGUGGACGAUGGACCCAAGGAUGAAAUUACAACCCAAGUCUGGGUCUUCACGCGCCGCAACACAAAGCUGUCAGACGACUUUGUUCAAGGCACUCAAGACUUCUCAGACGCGUCGUUCAUCCGUGGACUGGACUUCUCCCAGCCUGAGGAGGCGGAAAAGCUGGUUAGCACUUUCAUGGAAAAGACAUCCGGCGGGAAGAUAAAAGGCAUCUUCCAAAAUGUCAACACAAGCGCCAACUUGCUCUUCGCUACCUCCUUCAACUUCCAAGGGAACUGGAGAACAGCCUUUAAGCCUGAAAAAACCUCACUGCAAGAGUUUCACGUGGAUGAAGCGACCACAGUCAUGGUUCCGACGAUGACCCGCACGGGCCAGUUCCACUACCUGAACGAUAAGAUGCGGCGCUGCACCGUGGUCAAGCUGUCCCUGAGCAAACGCUCCUACAUGCUGCUGGUUCUGCCUCACGAAGGAGUCGACCUCCAGCAGAUCGAAUCCAAGCUUCUCACUGAUGUCAUGUCAGGGUGGCACGAGAGCCUUCAGGAAGGUUUGUUGGAACUAUCUCUGCCAAGGUUCUCCGUGUCAUCUGCGAAUGACCUGCGACAGCUUUUGGCCAACAUGAACCCAGAAAUCGAGGCCAAACUUUUAGGUUCAGAGUCCGAUUUCAACAAACUCAGCGACAGCAAGCCUUUCACCAUAGAUCAGGCGGUCAACAAGGUGAUAUUUGAAAUGUCAGAGGAGGGGGCGGAGCCUCAGGUCGGCGUCCAAGAAGCCGGCAUUCCCAUCAAGCUCUGGAUCAACCGUCCAUUUUUCUUUUCUGUUGUGGAGGGAGAUUCAAAUUCCAUGCUCGUCCUGGGUAGAAUCAUUAACCCCACACUUUGAAAGAAACAUUACAUGCCAGUUUCCUCGCCAAAUUAUAACCAAAAGUACUUAAUAAAAACUGAAGCACUUCACUCGUUUGUGCAGUAUUCAAGUGUUUCUACAUUCCUGCAAAACCAUCAUCAGUAUUUAUAUAAGCAUAAUUUCCAUCCACGUGUUAAUUACUUUUGUACAGUAUUUCAGUAGAGUAGGUGCUGUGAUUCUUUAAAAAAAAAAAAAAAAAACUUUGUAUAUUGUAACUAAGAGUUUAUUUUUUGUUUUGCUCCACUUUGUAAUUACUCAAAUAAA